ACUUAACGAGUGGUUUGCACUUUGAUACCGAUAAACUCAGCUAAUCUCCCGAGCGAAUCAAUCCCUUACGAAAUGAUAAGCGCCUUGGUUUGAUCUGAGCGUCGCGAAACAAUAACUCAGAGAAAUCCAGCUCAGUGGGGAAUCAGUCCACCGAGAAGCUCCAACAAACGAAGAUGUCCGCGCCAUUUGAUCUGGAAACCGGUCCGCCGAGUGCUGAACUCCUGGAAGUUGCCCGCCAGGAACUUCGUGAAACUCCGGAAGUACGCGCUGCGGCCAUCGAAGAACUCCGCAAACUGUUGCACGCUUCAAGUGAUUUGAGUUUCCCGGAUGAUGAUGAUUUCCUGCUGUUCUACCUGAGGCCUUCUCACUUCUACCCCGAGAGUGCGCUUAAAUUGAUGCGAAAUGUCGCCGAGUUCCAGAAGAAUCACCACGACCUGUUGCAUAACCUUAUGCCGGCUGACCUGAAGAACGAAAUUACCAACUACAAUCUGGUAACCGUGCUGACGAACCGUGACCAGAAGGGUCGCCGUAUGGUCGUUGUCCGAAUGGGUGAGGUCUGGGACCCGAAGGCCGUUCAUGAGGAUAAGAUCUUUGCCAUUUUGUACACGAUUCACAAGCUGGCCAUCAUGGAACCGGCGACGCAGAUCAAUGGAAUUGUGGUCAUCUACGACUUUGCCGGGCUUGGCAUGAAGCAGGUCAAGGGUAUGUCGCCGAGCGCUUCGAAGCGGUUGUUGAGCUUCAUUCAGGAGGCUGCUCCGCUAAGGAUGAAGGCGGUUCAUUUCGUCAAUGAACCGAUGUUGUUCAACAUGGUUUGGGCGCUGAUGAAGCCUUUCGUCAAGGAGAAGCUGAAGAACAGGAUGUUCUUCCACGGUGAGGACAGGAAAAAACUGUUCAAGCAUAUCAACCCCGAGUGUUUACCGGCGAACUAUGGCGGAACCAUGCCAGAGCUGAACUACGAAUCGAAGGAUUGGUAUCCUGCGAUGGAGAAAUACAGCGACUUCAUCAAGAAGUUCAACUCGGCUGGAUUCAAAUAAACCAUGACGUAUUUUAGAGUAGCAAUAAAUUGAUAAAAACAAUAAA